AUGUCAAAUCAGAGUGCCGUUAGGAGUUCUCUGCUGCAAUCCACAAGCACAACAAAAGCCAGUAUUUAUAGCAACUUUACGCCAACAGCCACAUCAGCGAAUACGCCAAGUGCACCACCCAGCAUUUGCCAGGUCUGUGGCGAUCAGAGUUCGGGCAAGCAUUAUGGAGUUCUCUGCUGCGACGGCUGUUCAUGCUUCUUCAAACGCAGCGUACGCAAGGGUACAAUGUAUACCUGCAUCGCUGCAAAAGGUAAUUGCAUUGUGGAUAAAGCACGCCGCAAUUGGUGUCCAUAUUGUCGGUUGCAACGCUGCCUAGCCGCCGGCAUGAACGUGACCGCUGUGCAAGAGGAGCGCGGACCACGCACACAGGCGGCCACAGCGACAGCAGCGGCUGUUAAACAAAGACCACACACUGGCGUUCCGAAUGCUGUUAUCGCUUCUGGUAAUACGAUGAAUUUCCAAAUACUUGCACAAAUCCUAGUCACCUGCUUGCGACAAGCUAAAUGUAAUGAACAAUUCCGUACACUCACAUCAGUGCAACAGGAGGCCAUUUUGAGUGUUGUGUGGAAUGAGUGUUUUGUGCUGCGCGCCUCACAUUGGUCCCUUGACAUAAGCGCUAUGAUUGAUGCCUGCGGUGAUCCACAAUUGCGGCGCGUUAUUGCGGAAGCUAAACAGCUGCGAGCCGAUGUGAUGGAGUUGAAUUUCCUAGAAACUCUAAUACUUUGUCGGAAAGAAUUGGCUGUUAGUGCUGAAAAUGCGGUCCUGUUGGACAGUUAUACGAAUAGCGCAUUGGUGUCGCUGGGGCGCUACACAAUGCAACAGUCAAACUGGUUGCGUUUCGGCACGCUGUUACUGGGGUUAAGGCAAUUGACGCAGCGCUGCUAUGAAAGCUUGCUGUCGUCGCUAUUUCGCACAGUUGUUAAAGAUAUUGUAAAAAAUUUGUAA